AUGGAAGACAGGACAGUAGUUGUUUACGGGGAGAAGGACUGGAAGAAGGAUGAGAUCAUCGAGACCAGGAUAGACCUCUCCUAUCCAGUAUCGCCAACAGAUUCAGACCUCUCCUCUCUCCCCUCCCCAUUGAAAGAGAAAGCAGACCUCGAAGCCCAGACCACACCAGAAGAGGAAUCAUUACGAAAGCGCCUCGGCUUCAUCCGGUACACAGCCCUCAACGUCUACCGCCGCCUAUUCACCCUCGCCUUCAUCGGCAACAUCAUUCCUCUGAUCAUCUACCUUGUCAGAGGUGCCGAGCCUCUCGACUUGGUCAAUGCCUCAGCCAUCAACCUCGCCGUAUGUGGCCUCUGCCGGCAACCGCUCGUCCUCAACCUACUCUACCUCAUCUUUGGUUCUGUCCCGCGUUCAGCCCCGACAACAAUCAAACGCCUCGCCUGCCGCAUUUUUCACCUCGGCGGUGUCCACAGCGGCACUGGCGUCGCUUCCCUCAUCUGGUACAUCGGAUUCGCGGUCACCUACACCUAUCAAUUCAACCCCGCCACCGCCAACCCUAUAAGCAUUGCCGUCCUAGCCCUGAUCUACUCCGUCUUCGCCCUCCUCCUCUCCAUCAUCGUGGUGGCCCACCCCACCAUCCGGAGAAAACACCACGACGUCUUCGAGCUAGUCCACCGCUUCGCCAAUUGGGGAAUUCUCGCCCUCUUUUGGGUGGUAAUCUCCCUCCUCGGCACACAAGAACCGUCCCUAGAAAAAUUCCUCCUCAACCUCCCGGCCUUUUGGAUCUUGAUCCUUUUGACAGCAGCCACAAUCCACCCCUGGUUGCUCCUCCGCAAAGUAACCGUCACUCCUGAACCCCUUUCCCCCCACGCCAUCAGACUUCACUUUGAUCACACCACCGUCAAGUUUGGUCAAGGCAUCCAAGUCGCCAAGCACCCUCUCAAAGACUGGCAUUCCUUCGCUUGCUUCCCCGACCGCUUCGACAAUGUCAAGGACACCGCCUUGGAAAACACAAAGUUCAGCUGCAUCGUCUCGCGGGUGGGCGACUGGACCAAAGACACCAUUGUCGCUCAACCAACCAAGCUGUGGAAGAGGGGUGUACCGACGUACGGAUUCGGCUAUGUCUUUCGCAUGUUCAGCCGCAUCAUCGUUGUCACAACCGGCAGCGGGAUCGGGCCGUGCCUGUCCUUUUUGGCGGAUGAGAACAGGCCUAGUAUGAGGGUGUUGUGGCAGACGAGGAGUCCGCUCAAGACAUAUGGGCAGAGGACGCUGGAUUUGGUCAGCAGGAUGGACCAGAACCCCGUGAUUAUCGAUACGAGCGAGAAGGGGAAGAGGGAGGAGAUGCUGCCGCAGGUGCUGAGGUUGAUCAAGGAGUUUGACGCCGAGGCGGUUUGCGUGAUUAGCAACCCGGCGGUGACGAAGGAGGUGGUGUUUGGGUUGGAGAUGAGGGGGGUUUUGGCGUAUGGGCCUAUUUUUGACAGUUAA